AUCGUAGCCGGUCUGAGAUAGAUUUGAGUGAAUCUUUCUCUGAAGGAAAUGAGGAUACUCUGAGCAUAAGAAGCAAAUCUGUACCUAGUGCCUUAGAUCAGGAACUGGAUUAUCUGGAUGAAACAGAAGAAGAUAUUGAUGAUGUAGUGGCCUCUCGUUGUUCAAGGAAACACAGACAUUUGACAAGUGGAUUAUCAACAAACUCCCCAGAAGGCUCUGACAGAAAAUGGACAUAUUUAAAUGUGCCUGAAACAGAUGGUGAUACUACUAGCAUUAACAGCAUGCUGAGUGUAUAUAGUGAAACUGGUGACUAUGGCAACGUGAAGGUCAGUGGUGAAAUCCUUCUCAACAUCAACUACAGCUACAAAACAGGGGCCCUCAACAUUCUGGUGAAAAGUUGCAGAAACCUGGCCGUUGCAGAUGAGAAGAAGCAAAGGACCGAUCCAUAUGUCAAAGCAUACCUUCUGCCUGAUAAGUCCCGCCAAAGUAAACGGAAGACCAAAAUUAAAAGUAACACCACCAAUCCAGAAUUUAAUGAAACACUGAAGUAUGUCAUCAGUCACACACAGCUAGAAACCAGGACCCUGCAGCUUUCUGUCUGGCACUAUGACAGAUUCGGACGCAACAGCUUCCUUGGGGAGGUGGAAAUUCCAUUCGAUUCCUGGAACUUUGAAAAUCAAGGCGAUGAGUGGUUUGUGCUCCAGCCCAAGGUGGAGAUUGGAACAGAUGUUGGGCUUCAAUAUAAAGGAGAACUGACAGUUGUUUUACGUUACAUCCCCCCAGACAGAAACCUAAUGCUUCCUCUAGGGCAGUUUCAAGGAAAGAAGAGCUUUAAAAAAGGAAAAAAGGGAGAACCUCACAUGCCAUCUGGAGGUAUAUUAGAAGUCCUUAUCAAAGAAGCAAAGAAUUUAACAGCAGUGAAAUCAGGAGGCACAUCUGACACUUUUGUGAAAGGAUACCUGCUCCCAGAUGACAGCAAAGCUACAAAACACAAAACUCCCAUAAUAAAAAAGAGUGUGAACCCCCAGUGGAAUCACACCUUUGCUUUCGGUGGCUUGAAUUCAAGGGAUAUACGUAACGUCUGCCUAGAAUUGACUGUGUGGGACAAGGAGUCGCUCUCCAGUAACAUUUUUUUGGGAGGUGUCCGUUUGAGCACUGGAAAUGGCGUAAGUAACGGCAAGGAGGUUGACUGGAUGGACUCUCAAGGGGAAGAGCAGCACCUCUGGCAGAAGAUGAUUGACAGUCCAGGAGCUCCUGUGGAGGGGAUACUAAUGCUGAGAUCUAGCAUGGGGAAACGCAGGCUCUGA